UGAGCUUGUCCAUGAUAUGACGACAUUGUGCUCUGGCUCCAAGAAGUAUGUUGAUUUGACUUCGCAUCGGUUGCUCACAGUUUUGUUUCACUGAACAACAGUUUUGCAAUAAUUGGUUUGAUAUAUAACUGCAGAAUCAAGAACACCAGCACUUUGGACAGGAUCUUCUUGAGUUUCUCUCUCUCUACCACUGUUACUCAAGUUCUGCUGCUGCUAGUAUAGUAAUAAUGUAUACCACCAUGUGGCUAGUGUUUGUGUUGGUUGCAGUGAUCUACUCCAGAGAAACUGAUGGUUGUAGCUGUAGCUUUGCACAUCCACAAGUACAGUUCUGCAAUGCGGCAUUCGUUAUCAAAGCCAGUGUCGUCAGUAGAGAGUACAUCUACCGGCCGACAGAGAAACCAAUGACAGAACCAACCGACGAAUUCACCUCAAACCCCGAGCUAACAAGCUUUUCAUCCGUUUACGAUGAAUCCGGUGCUUUCGUCCACGCUAACCUCGCCGAGGUGCAACCAGAGAAGAGACCCCCAGCAUUUCUGAGUCCACAAGCCCUGCGGAGCAAGAAAUUCAUCUCUCCCAGUUUUCCUCAACGGCCAUUCAAAAUAGAGUACACCGUCAAGGUGGAAAAAGUAUUCAAGGGAGAUAACCUUAUAAUAGAGAGGACACUGGCUAAGGUUUACACUCCAGCUGAUGAGGGUAUGUGUGGUCUGACCAGCCUUAAUGAAGAUACAUCUUACGUCAUGGCAGGCUCACAUUACGACAAUGAGCUACGUAUCAACUUGUGUAACUGGGUCGUCCCUUACAAGAGUUUGACCAGAAUAAAUAGGCGAGGAUUGAAGCUUAUGUACAAGCAGAGCUGUGGUGACUGUACGAUUGCAACAUGCUACGGUCAGACGUGCAAGUUCGGACCGCCAGGAGAUGACUUCUGCAUGUUCGACGCCUUUGGGGGCAACGGCUGCGAGGCCCAGCAUUCCAUCUGCACACGCAGCAAGAAAUCCUGCAAGUGGCAGAGAAAUCGAGACUACAGGAAGUGCGAGGCCGACAGCGGACAACAAGGAAACUCAGUCAUGCCUUAGAGAGAGUGAGAGAGCAUUGAUUGGUGUUGUUACAUGUUUUAAUGUAGAGCUGUGUACAUGUAUUGUAACUCAACUUUUGUGUAUUGUGUAUAGUAUCAAUUUCUUCUCAAAUUCUGCAGCUUAUUUUUCUCUCUGAAUGUUGUGAAUAAAUUUCAAGAGGGAAGGAAUGACUCAAAAUGAAGGGGAAAAACCCCAAAAGCACCUUGAACCAAAAUUGUCACAGGUUUGUUACUUUUUUUUUUUUACUUUUUGGAUUAUCUAUUUUGAUGGGUUUUUUUUCUCCAUGUUACUCAAAUCAAAACUAUAAGCAGAUACUGUGAAUUUUAUAUCUCUCAAAUCAAUGGAAUGUUGAUUCAUAGUUGGUAGUCUGCUUUUACACCCAGUCCAUGACCUUUGACCUCUGCAAUGAGGAACUUGAUUAAUUGAACCUCCAUCUGAAUCACACAUCCAAUUCGACCAAUCAGGAUAUCCGGUUGGGAGAAAUAAAUUACUGCUCGGGGUUUCUGACUGACAAGAACUUUUCUUUUUUAAAUACAAGGUAGAAAGGAACAUCCUUAGUCUGGGUGUUUGCACUUAGCAUUUUUUAGAGACUAGCCAGCAUGACAAGCUAGCUUUGUCAUACUACUGGUCUGUCAACUGGCAGCUCUAUGAAAUUGGGCCCAGUUAGCUUGGCAUUUGACUGGUCUGUCAAAUCUUACACAUGUUCAUAAUUCAUAUUAAUUAUAUAUGGAUGCAAACCAUAGCCUUGCAAAGAUUUAUGGCUGUACAGAACUCUCUAUUUUUAAAUACAAGGUGGAAAGGUUCUUCCUUAGUAAGGGUUUGUCCUUAACCUUUUCAGGAGACUUGCCAGCACGACCAGUUGGCGUUGCACUGGUCUGACAGCUUUUGUACACCUUGUCUAUAUUUCAUAUUAAUUAAAUACAAGUGUGAUAUAACACUAAACUAGCAAGCUCGACUUAGAGAGAUUUCUGCUGACUGGUCCAGACUUCUUUUUGUUUUUAAAUACAAGGUAGAAAGGCAUGUCUUUAGUCAUAGUUUGGCCUUAACCCUUUUUCAGAGACUAACCAGCAAGACAAGUUAUAUAGCUUGGCAUUUCAAUGGUCCGUCAACUUUUCCACAAUUCAUAUUAAUUAAAUACAGAUGUUUUUUAUUUAACACUGAACUAGCAAGCUUGACAACUUGGAAAGAAUUGUGACUGGUCCGCCAGAACUCUCUCUUUGUUUAAUACAAGGUAGCCCUUUUUAGAGACUAGCCAGCCAGACCAGUUGUAGCUUGGCACUUCAAUGGUCUGUCAGCUUUUGUACUUUGUAGGGGGGGGGGGACACCACGCCCUGAGAUCAAACCAAAUGAGACAAGAAAGGUAUUUGUUGUGAAGAACCAUAGGGUAGGUAAGGGGGGGGCAUAUAAUGGGGUGAUAUACUGUACAAA